AUGGAAAAACCUCGACCAGCUACUACCACACUUACUCACGAGUCAUGCCAUCAACAACUAGCCAUCCAGCCUGACCGCAUCCAACUGAUCAAAGAAACAGACUCACAACCAACUCAAAAAAUACAGAAAACCUUGCCAUUCACCACCUCAAUCUCCAAAUUCGUCUUCCGGCUUCUCUCUCAUGACGGAAAUCGUGAAACAGGUCUAAUAAACAAACUAAUUGGGUACCUUUCACUCUUGCUUAUCAGGGAACUGGCGACUCUUGAGGAUUUGUUCGUCAAAUCGCCGAUCUAUCGACUCCUGCGCUUCUUAACACCAUCGAUCUUGCCCAAAUCGUCGACCUAUCCAUUCCUACUAACACUGAUCCUGGGAGGGAUCCAACUAAGGAAAUUAUGGAAGCAUCAGCAAGAGUUAUUGCUCAACUUACUCGUCUCCCUUGCCCCCCUUCUCAACACUCUGCGCGUCCUGACUCACAUCCAAGUCCAUCACGAUCGGAUUCAUAGCCGGACUGAGGAUGAAGAUUCGAGCGAUCAUCAAGAGCUGAGGAGAUGGACGAUGUACUGGCUGGUCUAUUGUUCCCUCAUCAAUCUCGAAAGUCUCAAGAUUCCCACCUACGACCUCAGCCAUCUAUCACCCAUCAUCUCCCGCCCGACGAUCUACCCUAAUACGAUUCCCAGUCCAAAAGAGAAUGUCCCACAUGGCUCCUACUCCGAAAAACUGUUUUACCUCUUCAAGAACCUCAAGACUCAAUCCUCAAAACAUCUUUUUAAUCUUUUACCCAACGUAAUCAAGCCAGCAACAACAUCGGAAUCUCUGAAAAAUAUCCCUCCAAGGCUCCCAAUCGAAUCUUUUGAUCUCCAGACGCGUCCAAAUACGUUUGGUCGACCGGUCCAAGUGUUGCUGCCAGAGUAUCUAUUUGGAAAGGACCGUAGACUGUACGGGAUCUUGAAACUGGGCUUCCUCAGAUGGUGCUCGAGUGAACAGAGCAGAGGCUCCGAGAUGAUUUGGACCCACGUUCUAGCGCCGAUCGUGAGUGUGAUCGGGCGGUCUAGCUCAGGAGGAGGACAGUCUCGAACAGGUCAGAUGAAGAUUGUCAAGGUGACGAUCAGUGCCGAAGACGACGGACGAGAGCAAGAUCCGACGGACACCACGUCAGGUCCGUCUAGCAUGCUGCCGCAUCGACCGCCGACACGGAGCCACCCGCCCGCGAAUCUACUCGAGCCUAGGCCCGAGGAGCUCCCAGAAAGUCCGGCGUCAUCGUCCGUUCGCCGGAUCAAGUCCGACCCGACCCCUGCCCGGUGGGAGCCCACCGGUCGACCGGCCCAUGCGCUCGCUGACCCGGAUGCCCGGAACAUCCACAGCGAUCCAGCCGAGUCGUCGCCGGCUCCCUCCACUAUCCUUGAUCCCAACGAAAACUCUCCGCUCUCUAAGUCAUCACCUUACCACUCAUCUCUUCGUCAAAAACGCGCUAAUAGUCUCUCUAAACAUCUCCAACCCAUCGACUUCAAAACCCCCGAAAAUGCCUGGGACACUAUCAGCUUCGUUGGUUGA